GACGGAACUAUAGAAAAAGGGUGUGAGACGGCAAGAGAGAGACGUUUCUCCAAUGAAUCCAGUCCUCCACUCUUUGUUCCAAAGAGCACCAUCUACCAACACAGAAAAUGGAAGCAAAGUCUCUAACUGCUGGUCUGGUGGUCCUUCUGCUGGUUAUUGUGGGCCUGUUCCUCUUCAUAGGAAUGGGGAGGAAAAACACGACUCCCCCUCCAUGCCACUUGUUCUUAAGGGCUGCUGUCGCUGCUGAUGCUGGAAAGUGCUCGGAAAUCGGAAGGGACAUUUUGAAGAAAAACGGUUCAGCGGUGGAUGCCUCUAUUGCGGCCUUGCUCUGCGUGGGCCUUUUUAAUGCACACAGCAUGGGCAUUGGAGGAGGGGUCUUCUUUAUCAUCUACAAUGCCUCUUCAGAGAGCGUAGAAACCAUUGAUGCAAGGGAAACAGCACCCAAGAACGCCACUGAGGACAUGUUUGGAAACAACACACAACUUUCUCGUACAGGUGGACUGUCCAUAGCCAUCCCUGGGGAGAUUCGCGGCUAUGAGAUGGCACACAGGAGACAUGGCAGGCUUCCAUGGAAAGAGCUGUUUGAGCCAAGCAUCGUCCUGGCCCGUGAAGGCUUUUCCAUAGGGAAAGCCUUGGCUCUCGCCAUCUUUACAAACAAGGAUUUCAUUCAAGGAAAUGCAAACCUGUGUGAAGUGUUUUGUGAUUCACAAAAAAACAUUCUCAGGGAAAAUGACAUUAUAAGAUUUCCAAAGCUGGCAGACACAUACCAGAGAAUAGCAGAAGACGGUCCGAAUGUGUUCUAUAAUGGCUCAAUGGCACGGAGAAUCGUGGAUGACAUCCAGGCAGCAGGUGGGAUCAUCACGUUGGAUGAUUUGUUGGAGUACCAGCCAGUACUGAAUGAAAAUCCCCUCAAGAUGAGUGUUGGGGAAUACACCAUGUAUGUCCCAGAUGCCCCCUCCAGUGGUCCAGUCUUAGCGCUCAUUCUUAACAUAGUGAAAGGGUACAACUUCACAAAUGCAAGUGUUUCCACAGCUGAGAUGAAGACCCUCACGUAUCAUCGCAUCAUUGAGGCUUUCCGUUUUGCUUACGCCAAGAGGAGCAAACUCGGGGAUCCACAUUUCCUCAAUAUCACCGAUCUUAUCCAAAACAUGACAUCGACCUUCUUUGCUGAAGGCAUAAGGAGGAAAAUUACAGAUGACACCACUCAUCCAGUCAUUUAUUAUGAGCCGGAUUAUUUUGUCCCAGACAGCCACGGUACAGCUCAUCUGUCGGUGAUAGCCGAAGACGGAAGCGCCGUGGCAGCCACCAGCACCAUUAAUCUAUACUUUGGUUCCAAAGUCAUGUCUCGAUCAACUGGAAUCAUCUUUAAUGAUGAAAUGGAUGAUUUCAGCUCUCCAUACAUAACCAAUGGCUUUGGAGUCCCUCCUUCGCCAAACAACUUCAUCCAACCAGGAAAGAGGCCUCUCUCCUCUAUGUCCCCCACAAUAAUCUUUGAUCAAGACAAAAGAGUUCAAAUGGUUGUUGGAGCAUCCGGGGGCACAAAAAUUACCACGGCUACUGCCUUGGUCAUCCUGAACUCUUUGUUCUUUAAGUACAAUUUGAGGAAAGCGGUGACCGAGCCGCGAGUGCACAAUCAGCUCAAUCCAAAUUUGACAGUGGUGGAGCAAGACUUUGACAAGAGAAUCCUGGAAGGCCUAAUUGAGAAGAACCAUUUAACGCGGCUGCAGAGCAAUCCAGAUUCUGUGGUUCAGGUGGUGAUGCGACAAGGAGAGCAUCUCUUCGCAGAAUCAGACCCCAGGAAAGGAGGAUAUCCUGCCGGAUAUUAAAUAUGGUUCCAGACCCUUUUUUGUCUUUCUUUUUUGUUUUACUGUAAAGUAAGAAGUUGCAUCUGCUAUAAAAUGUCUGCAUUGAUGUUGUUAUGGGAGAGCAUGGUGAAGUUUUUCAAUAUUUGGAACAAAUGAGUAACGCUUGUUUGAUUUGAAGAGUAUGCAAAUCCAUUCAAAUUAGUUUUAAAACUAUUUUUAGAAAAUGCAUCUCAUAUCCUGGUAUUAUAUUAAAUGCAGUUAAACAAUAUGCUCUGUUGAAACUGAAAAGUUGUUUUAAGUGUUGAAUGUUGUAUAAAUUGUUACUAGCCAUCUAAGUGUUUAUAAAAAACAGACUUGCAAGCAGCUGCUUUUUAUAAAAUAAAGACAUCUCAGGUUGUUUGCCUGUUUCAUGUCUGCCGAUAUUUGUUUUCUGUAUUGUUAUUCUGAUUAUGGAAUAACCAUGUUGUUUCUUUGCCCCAAGCAGGGGAAUUAACUUAUUUACAAUAAAUUGUACAUGUUUUAUAUGCAGUUGAGUAGCUGUUAAGUUUAUGUAUUGUUGAUUCUGAAAACAACUACAUCUAUUUUUAUAAAACAUCCAUUGUUUUAUGCUGUUAGCGA